GCUGGCCCAGCGCUUGGGUGUUGCACACACGCUUCCUGCACCUGCUCCGGGCGCAGCCUCCCCACAACCUGCGGCCACGUCCGGGCCAGGCUCGCUCCGCGGCAGCAUGUCGGCCAGGGGGGGCUCCAUGCCGCCGCCCCCCAACCCCACCGCCUACUUCCCCGCGCCCAGGAUCACGCUGCCCGUGGGCUUGGACAUCCUGCGCACCUACUCGGGAGCCUUCAUCUGCCUGGAGAUCCUGUUUGGAGCACUCGUCUGGAUUUUGAUAGCUGCCACUAGGGUUCCACUGCCUCUGCUGCAGGGAUGGGUGAUGUUUGUGUCAGUGACUGCUUGUUUUUUGUCCAUCCUCUUCCUGGGCGUGUUCCUUUUUAGUUAUACACACAGAAUUGCUGUGGACUGGAACCAAGUGGAUUUUCUUUUCCAUGCGGCUACUUUUGUCUUUUAUUUUGGAGCCUUUUUACUGCAAGCAGCAACAACAUCUCUGCAUAAUUAUCGACUUCCAUCAAAUGCCACUAUGUUGCUAAGUGAUCAAGAGUAUAACAUAAGCAUAGCAGCCUCAAUUUUUGCCUUUGCAACGACUAUCUGUUAUGGUUGUAGCACAGCCCUUGCUUUAAGAAGAUGGAAACUAUAGCACUUGAAGAGGUUAAUGGUUCAGCAUUCUAGUUUAGUUUGUGUAAUUGUGUAUAAGAUCAAAUUAAAUGACACUUGUCUUUCAAACUAUAACAGAAUUCCAAAAGGCUUUUAUGUAUAAACUCUAUUUUAAAAAUGUUAAAAAUGCAGAUAAGCUCAUAUUAGAAUUACUUUAAUUGAAAUAAUCUGAUUUUUUUUUUACUUAUUAUAUGCUAAUUAGAAGCAUUAUUCUACUAUCUAUAUAGUAUUCUACAGUUUAGUGAGAAAUAGAUGCAUCAUUAGCAGACAACUGAAUUUUGGUGCUAAACAAUUAGGAGGGAGGAAGUGGAAGGUAAACAAAUGUGUUAUAUGCACAGGCAGCUAAAAGCUACAAGUUGCAAUGCCUAUGGUUAAUUAUUAUUAAAAGCCCCACUCCUGCAAUAAGCUCCAAAUAGGCAGAAUCCUUGGGUCUCUGCACAGAUUCAAGCAUCUGCCACACAUUGCUCCUAGCAGGAUGAGGACCUAGCUUGACUUUUGUGAGAUUGCCUUAAUAUUUUUUAAAGCAAAACUUAAAGAAAAACUAUUUUAGUUUCCUUCCAGUACAAUCUUGUGAAAUACUUUACAGCCAUUUCUGGCAGUGAUGAUUUGAUCUUUUCUAUAAUUGUGUUGUAUUCCUUAGUAAAUACAAAUUGUUUAGUACUAUUGGUCUGUAGUUUCCUAUAUUCACAGAUUUAGUUCUGUCCAUUCUAUUUAUAUUGCAAAAUGUAAACAGUGCAUUUGUGUUGUGUAUAUCUGUGGUAUGUUUUGGUUUAAAACAAAGUAUUUGCACUGUUUCACCUUGCUGUAAGUACAGUUUUUACUUCAUGUGGUACAUUUGUUGUUUACUGUAUGAGCCAAUAUUGUUUGAAUGGAGUAUUACAGAAUGUUGAAUUCUCUCUGAUCUGAAUUUUUGCAUUGGUUUAUUUGUUGCAUCCUAAAGCCCCAAUCUUGCAAAGGAAUCUUUACAUGGGCAGAUCCUUAUGCCACUGCAGAGUCUUGCUGAAGUCAGUGGGACACCAUUGGACUAUAAGGAUCCACCCAGGGAGAUUCUUUUGCAGGAAUGUUGAAGUCUGAUCAAGUUUGCUUUGAAUAUCCCAGUUAUGUAAUGAAAUAAAUGAGGUAUAAAUGUACCAAACUUAACUUAACAAACAUGUGUUACACCGUAUCACUUCCCUCCCCCAUUAUCACUAUUUAGCAGAUAUUU